AUGCUUUCCUGCAACACCACCACUUCUGGUCACCCCACCUUCCUCCUUACUGGCUUUCCAGGCCUGGAAGCGUCUCAACAUUGGGUUUCCAUCCCCAUCAACCUCAUCUGCAUUGUUUCCAUCUUGGGUAACAGCAUCAUUCUCUUCCUGAUCCGCACAGAUCCAGCCUUGCACGAACCCAUGUUCAUCUUUCUGUCUAUGCUGGCAGCCUCUGAUCUGGGCCUCUGUGCCUCCACCUUCCCCACCAUGGUGCGGCUCUUCUGGCUGGGAGCCCGUGAACUGCCCUUCGAUCUCUGUACUGCACAGAUGUUUUUCAUCCAUGCCUUCACCUAUGUGGAAUCAGGUGUGCUGCUGGCUAUGGCCUUGGACCGCUUCGUUGCUAUCCGGAAUCCUCUUCAGUACGCCACAGUACUCACCCACUCAGCCAUGGCCCGAAUGGGGGCUGCUAUUUUGGUAAGGGCUGUUCUGCUCAACCUCCCAGCACCCAUCCUGUUGCGGCGUCUCUUCUUCCCUCAGAUCAGUGUGCUCUCUCACUGCUACUGCCUGCACUGUGACCUUGUGGGACUGGCCUGCUCAGACACCCACAUCAACAGCUUGGUGGGUCUGGUCUCCAUCCUCUUCUCACUGUGCCUCGACUCCUCCCUCAUCAUGCUCUCAUAUGCUCUGAUACUGCGGACUGUGCUGGGCAUUGCAUCACCCGGGGAACAGCUUAAGGCACUCAACACAUGUGUCUCACACCUCUGCAUUGUUCUCAUCUUUUAUUUGCCCAAAAUGGGGCUGUCGGUGUUGCACCGAGUAGAGAAACACAGCUACCCUGCCUUGGCAGUGCUCAUGGCCAACUUGCAUUUCUUGGUCCCGCCCUUCAUGAACCCCAUUGUGUAUUGCAUUAAGUCUAAGCAGAUCCGCCAGGGCCUUCUAAGGCGAUUCCUGCAGCAAAAGGGUUGA